CCUGCCAAAGGGACUUCGCGUUUUUUUACAUGUGUCUAAAGGUCUUGCCCCGCAACAAGUCGUUUUCCAUGUAACCCCAAUUAUGCAAACAUUCCUAUUUAUAACGUUCGACAGCCUCCAAAUAAUUUCCUCAAUCGCCAUUCUACGGCAGAUUCACACCCGAAGAUCUAUCUACGCGCUCUCAAUCGACUUCACGUUAUACUCAUGGGUUUGGGCCUUUACGCAUACAAUUGCCAACUGCUUAUAUUCCUUUCUGCCCAAUGUCUACGCUCAAUACGCAAAAAGGUACCCUUUAUCCCCGGAGAUUCCACAUUCAACCUUACUAACGGCUAUGUGUUUUUUUCAGCUCAUCUUAUGCACAAUUCUCGUCAACAAAUGUUUCUUUGUAUUCAAGAGCCAAGAGAAGUUGAGUGUUGUGUGUAAGACAGUAAUGUUAUUGUGUAUUUCAGUCUUUUUACGAUUUUCUUGGCUUUUCUGCAAUGGCAAAGCGACCAUAAAUGUACUUGACCUCGCAGACUGUCUCCACAACAUUGGUUCAGUAGCGUUGGCUUGCAGACUUAUACCCCAAAUCUCCUUAAACUGGUUUUUAGAAAUCUUUUUGCUCAGCAACACAUUUCUUACGUUACAGCUUUGUGCAGCUACAUCUGGCAUCGUUUCACUAUUCAUUGCCUAUUCCUCAGGGUUACUUUGGUCGGAAAUGCCUAUUGGACUGCCUUGUCAAGCUGUGCUUGGGGCUACCUGGUGUGCGUCACUGGUUUUGUUGUUCCAGCGGAGUCACUACGGACAGAAACAUAACAUUCACAGAUUCCAAAAUUUGGUUUAAAAUUCCACGAAAGCCUAAAUCUAAAACAUUUUACCUGGGCCUGCUGCAGAAAUUUGUUGAGUCAGCUUUACUGCUUGGGCCUUCUCGUCUUU